AUGCAUUUACGUUAUCCACUUGACGCUUUUCGGAAUAAUGAGUAACCUUUGAAACUGGCCAUAUUUUGCCGCGGUACUUUCAACACGGGCAAUAAACAAUCAAUAUGUUCGCAUGGAUAAUAGGAAAAUGUGCGCAUGUACGGACAGUAUUCCUGUUCAAUAAUAACUGGUUUGUUUGUCCAGCUUCAGACGGUGAAUUCUACAAAUUUAUUUAAUAAGUACAAGAAUUGCUAUUGAAACGAAAAUUACAAAAUGUCGAACAACAAAUGUGUUAAACAAUUGCGCAAAAAUUAUGUCAAAGAACAGCAAGAAAUGUCGCAUUCGGAAAAACUACGAUUAAUAGACGAUGAGCUGAAUGCAUUUUACAAAUAUUGUCAGCAGGCUGGUUUCACAGAGGAAGAAAUGGAUAUUAUUUGCCAACCAUUGGUGGCUGCAAUGAGACGUUCUUGGCUACAACUUGUUUUCCGUGGGACGCUUGUUCUAAUUGUCCUUGGCACUUUAGCUUGUUUAGCAGCCCAACUUGAUUUUGUUGGGACACAUUUUACUGCAAUUAGCCGUCUUCUACUUAUUAAAGUUUUACCAAUUUGGAACUGGCAGCCUCUGUACUAUGAAAAUUGUAUGAUUAAUAAUCCCUUUUAUAAUGAUUACAUGAUAACAGAAGAAGAUUGUGUGACUUGUGAAGCUCUGGAGACUAUUGAUCGUUUGUCAGAUGUGAGAUACCGCAAUCUUGUGGAUAAUUAUUUAAGUAGAGAUGCACCUGCAAUUAUUACAGAUGCAAUGGACUCUUGGGCAGUUAUGAACACAGAUUAUUUCUGGUUUGAUAAUAUCACUCAUCUUUAUUUAGAAAAUGAGCGCUUAAUGGAAACGGUACCUUGCGCUCUGACUUCAAAUUUAAGAACUGGUUCAUCCGACUUAGCAGCAUUUUUACGCCGGGUACAUUCGCCUGAAGUAGCCAAGUGGUUUGUUCACUGGCAGAACUGUGACAUCAAUGCAGUAAAAGUGUUGAGAAAGUAUUAUCAACGCCCAUACUUCCUUUCAAGUACCGUUUCACCUGCCCAUUUUAAUUGGGUCCUUAUGUCUUCGGAUUACAAUAGCCCGAGUUAUAAAAAGGUCGAACUAGAUUCAGGUCUUAUAGCUCUGGCUCAGCUGCGAGGAGCUACACAGCUUCGUUUGACUCCUAUAAAUCCUUGUAAUAGCUCUUGCCCCGAAUUGAUAGCAGAUUUACAUCAGGGUGAGAUGCUUGUGUUUACUAAUUUAAUGUGGACUUUGGAAUACGCGCCAAUGAGAGGAUUGGACAACAUCGCAAUCUUAACUGAAACUGUCUGGGAAGAGGAUACAUAAACUAUUAAACAUCUUUCUCUUUAUAUAUUGCAUUAGUUCAUGAUAUUCUGGAUCCAAGUAUAUAUCGCUUAAUUAAAUUAUAUAUAUACAUAUAUAUAUAUAUAUACUCAUCCUGCUACAGUAUCAUAGUUCACAUUAAAUAAAGUAUUCUUGCUCAUCAAGCACGUGUGAACUUAUUUUGCAGCUCGAUUUCUUUCUCUUUAACGCGGUAUGGAACUUUUCGUUGUAUCAUUUUCUCGCAGCUUGAAGAGAAGGAUUCGACGAGGAUACCAAAAACAGUUUUCUCCGAUAUUUCAGUUGGGCUAACAAGGAGUAGAUUGUUAUGCACCGAUUCAUAGAAAAAACAAAGCGCAAGAUUACUGAAUGACAAACGUAGCUGGCGAUUCGACAUGCUUAAUCGAUGCGAUAAAUUUGUUAUAUUAAAAGUUGUAUGAGUGUAUA